CCAUGCCCGGCAACAAGCGACGUGCCAAAAACACGACCAAAAUGGUCCCGGCUACCAGCGGACCGAAUGCGGCAGUGAGCGGCCCGGCUAAUGGUGCGAUGUUGCCCACACCGUCGUCAUCAUCCAGCGCGACUUCUUCUACCCGCGUCAACAACUCUGUGGUUGUUGCACCAGGCGGACCCGGAUCUACUGCCGCUGCUCCUCCCCUGGCUACUUCGCGAGAAGAACAAGCAAGCCGGUCUGGAGGUACCACAUCGACAACUGCUCGGCAGCAAGUUGUAGCUCCUCCGGCUGCUAGUGCUAGUCGUACACCAACACCAGGACAACCCUCCAGUACAACCAGGAACCAAACCAGCUCUCAGACGACUGGAACAACAACAACUGCGCUCGCAGCACCCGCACCGGCCGCUCCAGUUUUCCACCUGAACGACCAAGCCACAAAAGACCACCUGGUCGAACUUUUCCGGGACACAGCAGCGCGAAUUUCGUUGGGGCAAGACCUUCCCAAGCACCUCGACCAGGCGACGGCGGCGCUGCUAGCGACGUUCUGUCCGGCGGAAGCACUUUCUGCGGCGCAAAAAAUUGCGUCGGCGGUCGUUGUAUGAACUGCAAAACUGUCGUACUCGUAGAAAGGCAAUACAAAUUUCCUCAGCAUGAGAAAUAUUUAUUUGAAUUUUUUGUAAUGCAGAUCUACCUUGAGAAAGAGAUUUGUGAUGCGUGAUCGCAAUACGAGUGCGAUACUUUUGCACAGGAUACGUGGCUAGGGCGUCGGAGAUCGAGAAGGAAAGGGAGGCGAAGGACAAUAACGCGAAUGAGAACGAACAAAACUUGCGCGGCGACAUUACAGCAACAGCUCCGGCAAGUAAUUCUGUGGGGCAGGCUGGUUCUGGUACCAGUGCUACUUCCACUCCUUCUACUGCUUCCGCAGGAGGCACAUUAAACGCGACGAGAACGAGAGAGCGAGCCCCUGCAGCAGCUGCUUCUGCAGCAGCGCGACUGGCUGCUGGUGGUGGUGCGGGACCUGCAACAGGAGCGGCUUCUUCCACCGUACAAAACACCGUCGCGCCGACGAGGAAUAAUUCAAAUCGGCCAAGGACGCAACUACAACUCCCAGCUGAUAGCAACCAACUACAUGUACAACUACCGAAAACUUCUACACCUACAGCCGGACCCGGAACUCCCUCGGCAAUUAUAUCAGCUUUCACUUCUAGUACAAGACGAAGACUCGCAGGAGCUGCUCCCACGACGGCGCAGACACAGGGCCCCACGCGUCGUCGUGGUGCCGGCGAUUCCUCUUCUAUCAAUACAGGAUCCACGACGACACCAAAUGGCAACGAAGCUGCAACUGGACCACGCUCCAACACCCCUGCAACUUCCGCGACUGCGACUUCUCAACAGACUUCUGCUUUCCCGCCUCCCGGUGGUUCACCGGGUAGUUCUAGUGCAACAAACAAUUCCUUGACCACGACCGAGAAUACAACUAACCGCUCGGAACUUGAACAGGUACCAUCCUUGCGUGAAGCGCAACAGCUUCCAGUAGUAGCACGCACCACUGAAGGUGAAGACCUCUCUACUCCGGACGCAGUGCGACGGUCCCCCAGGGUCGGCCGACUGGCGGCGAGACGGCAGGAGUUUGAACUUGGUUCGCACCGGCAAGAACAGCCGGGGAUAACGUCAACUCUAAGGCCCCGGGCCCGUACCACCGACGACAUCCCGUGGGCCAGCCUCGCUGAACAGGCGAUGCGGUUUCAAGAGGACUUGAGCAAUUGCAGCAGCGGAUUAGCUAUCAACUGUAAAAAUGUCUGGGCCUGGAAGAUUGCAACUUGUGAUGCUGUCUCUGGAUUAUACAAAAAUCUGUCUUGCAUGACCAGCAAGAGGGCUCCAGUUUAUACUACAUGGAGAGGGUAUUUCUCAUGCGGGAUAGGCAUCAGAAAGCCCGCUGAAAAUCUGUGAUGCCAGGUUAUGCAUUACAGACGUCAUGUGUCAUGUAAAAUCUGCAUGACAUCCAGACCCAGACAUUUUUGCAUUUGAUAUUAGCAUUACCCCCGGGGGAAGACCCGAACUUGGUGAACUACUAUACCAGGGAGUAUCCUGUGCAAAAGUAUCGUACUCGUAGUAAUUGCAAACAUGCAUCACAAAUCUUGUUCUCAAGCUAAAUCCGCAUUACAAGUUUUAUUUCUCAUGCUGAGGAAAUUUGUAAUGCAUUUAUACGAGUACGAUACUUUUGCAGUGCAUAGGGAGUACGUCGGCGCAAAACUUUUAACGCAGCCCACCAUCCGGCAAAAUAAUGGCUCGUCGUACGUGGACACCUCUGGUGAGCCGCUGGACUGGUCGACGUGUGUCUUCGAGGACGACAGGGGCGCGAUGGCGGAACGUGAAACGGCGGAGAGGCGCAUGAUGAACAACAAUCUGCAGGCCAGUGGGCGUGGUCGCGAGGAGGGACAGACACAGACACGGAGGCGACCACGCGGACACCAGACACAGGAAGAGAUAAACCUGGCCUGGACGAAGGCCUUUUACGACUACUACGACGCAAACCGAGACCGGAUUGUGAACGGGAGCUUCGAAUGCAAAAACCCGCCGGCAAUUGAAAAGCUUUUUGAAGAGAAAGCAGAGGAAAAUGAUGGAGAAAAUAAAGACAAAUGCGAUGAUCAAGUACAAGUUCAACAAGUGGACGGGGAGAAUGCAGCAAAUAGCGGCGCUGCUCCAUCUUCACCCUCCACCGAGCGCGAGCAGGUCGACGUUGAAGACAACGGCGGCAAAAGCGUUGAUAAUGAAGGGUCAACGAGGAGCCCGACGUCCACCGAGGGUGGAGACAAAGACAAAGACAUAUCCUGUGCAAAAGUAUCGUACUCGUAGUAAUUGCAGUCAUGCAUUACAAAUGUUUUCCAUUUCCUUAAAGGUAAAUUUGCAUGACAGACUUUAUUUCUCCUGCUGGCAAAAUUUGUAAUGCAUUUUAUACUAGAGUACGAUACUUUUGCAAUGCAUAAGACAAGCAGGACGAGGUGCGAGAACCACGCCCCGCACCUCCACCACGCCGCAGACGACCCGUACCCCGCCUGCCCUUCGGCACUGCGUAUGCCAGUUUUGUAAUCGGAAAGCAGGCCAUUGAGGAGGAAUACGCGGAGCUGGGAACCGUCCGGGGGAUGAAGGUCGAGGAAUACAACAAGACAACUGACAGCUACACGAUUCUGAGCAAAAUCUUCCCGAGCGAAGUUUUGAUCUCCGACAAUAAACCGGAAAACUUCAAGACAGGGCUCAACCGUUUCCGUGCGCGGCUCGGGCUCUCCGCGGGGGUGUGGGCGAUUUCGAUUAUGCAUUGCAAAUAUGUCUGGGUCUGGAAAUAUGGAACUUGUAAUGCUAGCCCUACACUCCUGUAAAAUCUGUAUUGCAUGACUAGCAAGAGUGUGCGCGUUUUUGUCAUACAAAAGCCCUGUUUCUCAUGCGGAGUGCGCGUGAGAAAGUGCUCUGCAAAAUUGUCAUGCUUGGCUGCAUUGGAAAGUAUUUCAGUCUCGCCAAUUCAGCAUGACAAGUUUCCAGGCCCAGACAUUUUUGCAUUUGAUAUCGGUGCGGGGAAAGCAGUUUAAACUGGUGCGGAAUCCGGCCGAGGUGGUGAAAAUCCGGAAGGAGGUGAUAUCUAUCAAAUGUAAACAUGUCUGGGUCUGGAAGAAUGCAACUUGUUAUGCUAAAUCUGAAGCAUGCAAAAAUCUGUGCUGCGUGUUUACCAAAAGCUGUCCACUUUUGACCUAAUCGAGAGGCAGUUUCUCAUGCAGGAUAGGCAUGAGAAAGGUCUCGCAGAAUCUGUCAUGCUAUGUCCCACAUACCAGACCUCAUGGGCCAUGGAAAACCUGCAUGACAAAAUCUGGCAAUCGUCCAGACCCAGACAUUUUUGCAAUCCAUAAUACCCUUGCGAGAACAGGAACAGAAACAGCAAAAGGAAAAUCAAAACGAAAAUCAAAAUCAAAAUGCAAAUCUAAAUCAGCAGAACAACGAAGGUAGUUCCAACAUCGAAAGCACGACGGCCACAGGGACGUCCACGAGAGCGGGCACGAGGCUGCUCUCGGUCGAGGAGUUCUGCAAUGUGGAGGGAGAAGAAAAAACGGAGGGCCGGUCAACAUCUCGCGGUACAACUACCACGACCCCCGGCGAUAACAACAAGAACCUGCAGCCUGGUGAAAACGAAACCUCUGGUCGUGCACCUCCAACUACGCAUACUUCCGCUGGCGCAGCUGCUGGCACUGCUUCUGCACAAAGAGACGGUGUUGAAACUACUGCGGGAGAGCAGCCGGUUUCUGGUGGACCUGAAAGAACAGCACCAUCUUCUUCAUCCUCAUCCCCUGCAAGUGAAGAUAGAACUAAAAACGAGGAGACUUCUACACCUCCAAAAAUAGACUGCGUUAGCAUCAGGGUCGAGCCUGGUGACGGCACUGGCUUCGACUUCUGGGUUAAUAUGCCCCCACCGGACAGUUACACUAAAGGCGAUAUUGUGAGGAAUAAUCCCCCCUCCCCAUAUCGAAAGCGAAAUUUGUGUUGCUGUAUUUGAGUACACAAAUCGCAUAUGUCUUGCUGGAGAGGACUGCAGACCCAUAUCAAGCCUGAGUAGAGAGGCUCUGACUUAGGCGCUUAGCAUGAAAAGCGUCCGUGAUGUUGGCUCAACAGCAUGACAAACCGCCUCCAUAAUGGGACGGAAGCUGCUGCCUUUGUCUUCUUGCAACACAAACGCGAUUUGUGACCUCAAAGCAGCAACACAAAUUUUCGAAAACCUACCUCUUCAAUAUGGGGAGGGGGGAUUUUUCCUUGCGAUAGGCGAUGUUUUGUCCCUGCAGCCAUUGAACAAGGAUGGAAAAGAGGUGGGCCCGGCAGGGGCGUAUCCUCUGUAAAAACGCCUCCACCCCAUAGUUGUAAUGCAAAUCUGCAUGUUGAAAACAUUUCUCAUGCGGAGCCCCGUGAGAAGCAUUUUCUAGCCGUGUGUCGGAGUUUGCCAUUCUCCAAUCAGCAUAACAAGGUAGAUCUGUGAUGCUGCUGACCUAGCUAAACAGGAUUACACUACGAUGCCAAGCUUGUCAUGCGCACCAGCCAAAGCUUGCAGAUUUGUCUAGCAGAUUUGCCAUCUUGGCUAUGGGGUCGGGACGUUUUUACACAGGAUAGGGCGCCGGUGAACUUUAACGUGCACGAGUCCGAGUGUGGAACUGGGCUGAGCGUUUCCUUGGACGAGAAGGAUUUCUUUCGUCUUAUGGAAUUGAGACACAAGUUCGGGGUGGAGACAAUUGUAGCUCCUGAUAGUUGUAGUACAAGUGCAAGAGCUUCUUCUUCUUCAUCUACGAUAUUAAAUGGAGAAAAAGAAACGGCUGCAGGAACUGGUACGGGUCGUGUUUCAGUCUCCUCCUCCUCCUCCUCCUCAUCUUCUGCAGCAAAUACGAAUGGUCCUCGUGGUGCUCGUCCUCCAGAACGACCGGUGGAACAGCAACAGCCGCAGCAGCAGCUUCCCUCGCUACUCACAACUGCCUCCGACGAGGGCAACAGCCGUGAUAUUAGCAAGUCGACGGAAAUCAAGGAUCACCAGGAGCAAGAAACCUGUCGAGAACAAGAACAUCAUGCGGAUGGCGAGGAAAGAACAUCAAGACCAAGGGAACAACGAACCAGUAACGACCCUCCCACCCUGAUGAGGGAGCGGCCGAGUUUGGAGCAGGUUCGCCCCGUCGUCCUUCCACCACUUGCCGAAUAUCCACAGCAAAUUCCCACCACACGACAGGAAAAUGCGACUGCUGCAUCACAAACUUUAUCUGCAGUUCUAUGUCAGCAUGACAAGCUCUAAGCUUACGGCGAAGUCUGUGAUGCGUUUUGUGCGUGUACGGGAGAUUUGUGUUGCAUACGGAAGACCACAUGUUCGUGGACAUUGAUGAGGAAGAAAUGAGCGAGAUUUUGACGAAGAUGCCUCGCCAACCAGAUUAUCAAAUGCAAAAAUGUCUGGGUCUGGAAGAAUGCAAGUUUGUCAUGCUUGUCUGGCAUGACUCGUGUAUCUGUGUUGCAUAGGCACGAAAAGGCCUUUUUACCUGUCAUGCAAAAACGCAGUUUGCCAUGCGGAAUACGUAAGACAUGGGAGCCAAAAAAUUUGUCCUGCGUAGCUGCGUAUUCUUGCAGUGCGCCUACCAUUCACUUUUAGCAUUACAAGUUUCCAGACCCAGACAUAUUUGCAAUCCAUACAGAUCUUACCUCGAGGACCAGUAGCCUACAACGCCAAGAGCAGGACAACAAUCUUCAUACAGCGACAGCUGGAUCAGGAUCGUCACUGCAUCAAGAAAACGGGGCGAGUACGAACACGAACACCAGUACAACUACCCUCGACCCGAACAGCCCGGACACGGUGGUCUUUGCGACGGUCAGAGAUGCUACCGGGAGAACCUUAUCAACUGCAAAUAUGUCUCGGUCUGGAAGAUUGCCAGGUUUGUCAUGCAUAUUUGGCACGACCCGUGACGCCUGUAAUGCAUGACCUAGCAUCGCAAAUUUUUAGAGUGCUUUCUGAUGCCUCUUCCGCAUGAGAAAUGCCCUCGCCGCGUAGCACAAACUGGACUCCUCUUGCCUGUCAUGCAAUACAGGUUUUUUUCGAAUCCCAAGAUAGCAUCACAAGUUGCAUCCUUCCAGACUCAGACAUCUUUGCAUUUGAUAAACUUUCGACCUGAUUUGCCACAAGGACGAACUGAAGGAGGAUGAAUAUCCACUGCAAAAGUCUAGUAUCUGAUACUCGUACGUAAAAAUUCUUGCAGCUGCCAUGCACCACAAAUGGAAAUCCCGUUCCCGAGGCAAAUCAGCAUGACACACUCCAUUUGUCAUGCUGGCCGUCGAAUUUCAAUUUGUAUUGCAAUUCCAAUGACUACGAGUAUGAUACUUCUGCAGUGCAUAUACAGCCAGCUACGUUGGUGUCAGGAGAGGGAGAGCAGGAGCAGGUUGAAGAUGCUCCUGGGGAGCAGAACAACAUGAAGGAUGAUGAACCCGAGGAACAAGCACAAGUAGAAGAAGUUGUACAACAAGAAGGCCACCUGCGAGAAGAAGUAGAAGAAGAAGAAGCACAACAAGAAGAAGCACAACAAGAAGACGAUGCAAACGAAGUACAACACAGCUGCGCACCAGCUUCCGAGGCAGAAGGGACGAUGGUGUCAGGGCCAUUGUCCCGGCACGAUGACCGGGUGCUCGCCAUCGUGCGGGUCAUGACGGAGACCCUCGUGAAGGUGGCCGCGAGGCAGGAAGAACUUGCAGCCGACAAGGAACUACCCGGCCAAAUAGCAACGACCGCAGGUUCCCACCAGCACGAAGGAGCGGAAAAUUCUCCAUCAACGGCUGCGCUAGACGGUCUUCCGGAUGCCAAAGGCGUACAAGAGGAAGUGGAACAACAAGAAGUACUACUACAAGAAGCACCAGUACAACAGCUACAACCACUACAUCAAGAAGCUGCACAACUAGGAGAAUCGGCACCAGCAGCUACAACAGCGACAGCAGCUCCAUUGCCAACAACAGGAACUAGUACUACAUCUUCAGCACAGGCACAGCAAGAGCCCUCAUCUUCUUCUUCAUCUUCUUCUGCACAUCAACCACAACCCUCCAUAUUACAUCAACAAGGCCAACAACUCCCGACUACUACCACUUCAGGACAAGCUGCUACUACUACGUCCCGGAAACGGCGACAGACCAACACGUGCAGGAGAGGGUCGUGUAGUGAUGAGGACGAACAAAACCAAAGCGAGGAAGGGGAACGGGACGAGCAAGAGGAGCAGGAAAACGUCGAACCUGAUGUCGUUGUUGUUGAUACCCCGCAAGUACUACCCUCUGCAAAAGUAUCGUACUCGUAUUGCAAUCAUGCAUUCCAAAUCUUUUUCUUGAGGUAGAUCAGCAUUACAAAUUUUAUUUCUCAUGCUGAGAAACUACUUCGUAAUGCAUUUAUACGAGUGCGAUGUCUUUGCACUGCAUAGCAAGAGUUCAUCGAAGCAGAUAUGGGUCGCUCUAGUACCUCCGAUGAGGAACUGGAGAAAUCCGUAGCCGAGGCACUGGAAAUAUCCGUAGUUGAGUUGGAAGAGGGCUUAGCGCAGGGGGAGGCCUGGGCCGAAGAGGCCCGGGCCGCGGGAUAUGCAGAGUUAUGAACUGCAAAUAUGUCUGGGUCUGGAAAGAACUUGUGAUGCUGAGUGGCGUAAUAUCAGGAGGAGGCCACAAGUGCUGGCUGAGCAUGAAAAGUUUCUGAGCUACUUCUAGGUGUUCCCUUCUAUUCUGCAUGAGAAAUUGCGUCUCUGCAUGACAGAACAAUGGGGCUCUUCUUGGGUAACGUGCAUGACAGAUUUAAGAGUCACCGCCCCAGACAAGCAUGACAAACUUGCAUUCUACUUCCAGACCCAGUCCCAGACACAUUUGCAAAAAUGCAUAAGAGUUCAUCGAACAAGAUCUGACGCGCUCUCGCUCCGAGGAGGAACUGGAAAUAUCCGUGGUUGCGGAUAUUGAAGAGUACAUGGCACGUCACGGGAGGGCCUGGGCCGAGGCGUCCCGGACCGCGGUUGAUAUGGAUGUGUCAGGAUUGAAAUCGUCAAAGGUGAAAUAGUUUGUGAUGCACAAAAUGGAUAACAGUCGUGGCCCAGUUUGCAAGUGGCGCAAGGCAAAUUUGGGUAGAAGUGAAAUCCAGUUUGUCGCGCUGUUUGGGUAAGGAAGACGCCUUUUGCCAUGUUACUUGAGCAGCUCAGGUUCUACCCCUUAGCAGGCUUGCAAUCUGCCUCACUUGCCUACUCUGGAAGACAGGCACUUUAUUGUGGGCUGCAUUUUAUGCAUGACAAACUAUUUCAACUUUGUCGAUUUCAAUCCUGACACAUCCAUAUUCAUCGAAGCAGAUAUAGCUGCGGAGCGGCAAGAGGAACGACGUGUCGCUGCAGCGGUUCAGCAUCUUCUUCCAGAAGGAACAACAUCAAUGCCGGAACAUCAAACGACCAAUCCGCCCCCACGACCUCCCACAGUUCAUCCCGCUCCCACUGCGCAGGAAAUUGUAGCGGCACGUGACGCUAACGCUACUAGUGCAGCUCCGGACCACGACGACGAUCAUGCUGGUACUGCUACUCGCACUGACGAAGACGACAUGAGCCACGAAAUAGAACCACCCAGCGCGUCGUCUACUACUUCUUCCAGAAUUUAUUCCGCUCCAUCAUCUGCCUCGACAGCUGCUAGUACAACUACCCUGGUUCUGCAGCAGCAGCUUCCUACGGUUCCAGAAGAAGAAGAUGAAGAAGAAGAAAAUGUUCUUCCCAAUGUUGAACAACGUCAGGACCUCCCACAACUCCCUACCAGAAAUUUCACGCAAUUGGAAAUCAGCCUCUGGGAAGACAGAAAGGCCCUCGCAAUGCUAAUCGACUGCCGAAAAGUCGACAAGAGGCACUCCGUGGAAUUCGAGCGGCAUUAUAUGACACUGUGGCACGCUGUAUGACAGUGCACAACUCCCCCUCCCGCCUCACUUGCGUUGCAUGAACAGCAAUACAAACACCCCCACCUGUGGAGCCUGUGCAUGACAACUGCAUGCGCCUGUUGUACGUAGUACUGUUUGGGCUUCCGGAAUCUGUCAUGCAAACGAUACCACAGAGCAGCGCUUGGAGUCGGGGUUUUGCAUGACAAAUGAGGGGGAUCGGGAGUUGUGCACUGUCAUACGCCGCGCUUGGCGACGACCCAGAAGACCCACGGACGUAUGAGGAAGUGCUGGAAUGCCAGCGGUUUCACGGCGGAGUGAUGAAUCUGGCCACCUUUGACAAGGAGGUCAUGUUCCGGUUGUGGCCGGAUCUGCCGGAGAAAUUGAAACAGCGGGCGCAGGACAUGAUUGACACGGUCCCCUUAUCCUGAGUAAAAACGUACCCACACCAGAGUUGUAAUGCAGAUUUGCAAAGACAGGAAGACUUGUAAUGCGCAUCCCCAUGAGAUCCAUUUCCUAUUGUGUUUUGGAAUUUGUGAUGUUGUGAACAGGAUGAGCAGAUGAGUCUGUGAUGCGGCUGCACUUGCUAACCUGCACUACACUGCAUAGUGCAACUUGUCAUGCGUGACUCACAAAACUCCUAGGUUUGUGUUGCAAAAUCCUCAUCCUGACUCUGGUGUGGGUACGUUUUUACUCAGGAUACCCCUGGAACGCGGGCUACGUGAAAAUUUUCUACAGCUGCUUAACUUCCGUCUUGUUAAGGAACGACAAAAACAUGUUUGGCGACGAUGGGGUAUCAAUUGCAAAUAUCCCUGGAUGUCUGGAAGGCGGCAACUUGUCAUGGUAAAUCUGAAGCAUGCAAAAAUCUGUGUUGCAUGAGUGCCAAAAGCUGCCCACUUUUGACCAAGUUGGAAGGAAGUUUCUCAUGCAGGACAGGCAUGGCAGUUACCUCGCAGAGUCUGUCAUGCUAAGCCCCGCAUUCCAGACCUCAUGGGUUAUGGAGCAUCUGCAUGACAAGUUUACACCGUUCCAGACCCAGACACUUUUGCACUUGAUAUGGGGAGAUCGGCGCGCUUAUGGCCCAGGCGGUCGUGAAGCACAUCAAUCUCGUCGGGGAAAAAUAUUGUCCGGACAUUCUCGCGGCAUUACAAAAGCAUAAUAACGACGUCCUCCACCCGACGGUCUUAGGCCUUUUGAUGGGGUUUUCCCACUUUGACGAAAAUUUGAUGCGGAACCCAAAACUAGACGAUAACGCCGCGAGGCAGGGGUACGAUGUGGCUUGUGGCGAAGAAGCCUACCUAUCGGAUUUGUUUAACGACGUGGUGGAUACGGCGCCCCGGUAUUUUGCGUACCCGACGUUCCACGAAAUCACGCAAUUGAUGCUGCAGGGGAGGUAUCCUGUGCAAAACAAGUAUCGUACUCGUAUAAAUGCAAGUCUUGCAUAUACAAAUCUUUUUAUUAAGGCCAAUCUGCAUGACAAAUUCCAUUUCUCAUGCUAAGGACAUUUGUAUUGCAUUUCUACUAGUGCGAUACUUUUGCAAUGCAUAGGAGGCCGAGCUUGAAGGACGAACUCGUGCACAAGACGGAGGAGAGGUCUAUCCCAGAGAAAAAAGCUGGCAGGGCAUAUUUGUGAUGCAAAAAUAUAUACACACAAAAUUUUGUCAUGGGUGGCCUCCUAGCAUGCUGUUUUGUGUAUUUAUUUUUGCAUUACAAAUAUGCCCUGCCAGCUUUUUUCUGUGUGAUAAGGUCAAAAGAGUAUGAAGUAGAGGCAGUAGAACGUCCGCAAGAUGUUGAGCACCCGCCGGAAGAAGGGCCAGCAUCUCCAUCUCCGCAGGAACCAGUGCCGGAAGAUGUACUAGGAUCUCCGCAAACACCAGCGCCUCCGCAGGAACCAGUGCCGCCAGAACCAGCAACAACUUUGCAGGAACCAGCGGCGGAACAAGCAGGAUCUACUCCGCACGAAGACCAACAGUCCGCACCUCCUGCCCCGUCGGCUGUGGUACAAGGAGAUGAAGCAAACGAAACUUGUCGUGCUGAAACUACAGUAGAAACACGACCGAGCAACACAGAACUUCUCCUCCCUCCAGAAGUACGGACAGCUGCAGAUGAGGAUUGUUCAUCCGCAGCGACAGACCAUAAAGACGAGGCGGUGGAACUACACGAUGAUCCACCCUACCCAACACUCCGUGGCUUAUUCGGUUCAUCUCAACCGUUCGGAGACGUUUGGGAGGGCUGCCUGGCCGAACACAUUUCCCUGUACCCCAAGGGGAACAUGCUGCUUCACACGCAACCGCUGGGGAAGGCGACCUCGAUUUGCCCCAUGACCCCCUCCGUGCCUCUGGCGAUUCAGAUGGGGUCGCAGGCGUUUGCGACCAUGUUGGCCCAGAAAAUGAGGGAGGAGCAGGAGGGUCGCACUGGUGGAAGCGGAAAUGCAAAUGCAUCCGCGUCGCAGAUCAACACCACCAGCAUCAAGACUACCGCGAAAACCAUCACAGAGGAACAGUUGAGAAUGAAAAUCCAGAUUUUCGACAAUUUGACGCAAGAGCACUGCGGCAUGCUGCAGGACGCAGUGAAGGAUCCGAAAAAAAAACCUUUCAAAUACUGCCGGGCACUGGGUUGGCGCGCGGGAGAAUAUUACCGAUUAGACCACGACUGGCAGCCGACCAAGCGAAACGCCAAAUCCUGCCCCGCGGACUACCGGGAGUUGCCGAGUUACAAACUGAAAAUGGAAGCGAGGCAGGCUUUGCGACGGGCGGACAGGCUGCAGCGGGAAGAAAAAAAGAAGGAGAGGCAGGAACGAAGGGAAAGGAGUGCUGCUGGAGGUGCACAACAUGGAAGCUUCACUUCUAGCAGUCAUUCAAGCUGCGUCGAGGCUUUCGAAAGAAAGAAACACAACAAGCGCAAGAAUCUUAGGCGAAAGAACAAGCGGGAAACAAACCGCCGAUGGUGCGAAGAACGCGAAGACAAUGAGAGUAGGGACGAGAACAUCAGUCAAGAAGGCCGUUUCAGCUCUUCGGCGAAUGAUGCUGACGACGAUGCUGGUAGUAGCAGAAGUGGCAAUGGAAGCCCCAGCAGAUGCAGAGUUCGUAAUUCCAGGACAAGCCGGUCAUCCUUAUCUUCUCGCACGCCUUCCCGAGCCAGAUCGCAGGUGAAAUGGAAGAGAUCUCGCGUUAAACGAGUAAACAGAGCAGGUCAACAAAAAAAUCGUGCCCACGACCGCUCAUUCUCCUACGGGAACGAAUCCUAUAAUUCCUGCGACAGUGAAGAUUCUCGAAAAAAACACAGGCGUGGCAGGAGCGCGGCGGCGGUGGUGGUUCCUUACGAGGAGGAGGAGGAAGUAGACACCAGUGGUCGGUACAGCAGCUACCGGAGGAGAAAAGCAGAAGACAACAACUCUCAUGUUGACGAAGAUCAAUGCAGUGCUGACCGAAGCAGCAGCUGCCGAAGCAGGAGGUCUGGUUCUGUAUGGCGUUCUCAAAUGUUACAUUCUGAACUGUUACAUGAAUUUGUAAUGCAAGAAUGGCAAAAGUGCAAGGGGCAAGAUUUCGCUUUUUGCAUCACAGGUUUGACACAGAUUUAGAUGCUGUGUAGCCCUUCGGAAAUUUGUCAUGCGAAGCAGCUUGAUGAUGUAGAUACUGAUGAGAGUUUUGCAUGACAAAUCAUGUAACAGUUGAGAAUGUAACAUUUGAGAACUCCAUAUUCUGUUGAGUCAGGAAGAUCAUCAUCCCGAUUUGCGGCUUCGUCUGUCGUAUCAAAUGCAAAUAUGUCUGGGUCUGGGAUCGUGCAAGACUUGUAAUGCUCCGCUAACAGGAGAGAAAGAUCUGUGAUGCAUGUUGCGCUACCGCGCUGCUUUUUUGUAAUUCGAAAAGCGCAGUUUCUCGUGCAGUUUAUGCAAGACCUAGUCGCCCGAAAACCAAAACUUGUGGUCAUGCGUGUCCCCAUAUAAUUGGAGGUUGCUCCUUGUGAUCCGCAAACCUGCAUCACAAGUUUCCAGACCCAGACAUAUUUGCAAUGCAUAUGUUGGAUCGGGUCAUAGCUCGCGCGCAGCCCCUUCAUCUUCUGGGAGCAGGAGGGCUUCCAGGUCGUGUCGUUCUCGAUCGGAAGCAAGCAGUUUUGAACCACCACGCGGGCUAUGGAUUGCAAAAGUAUCGUACUCGUAUAAAUGCAUUACAAAUUUUCUCAGCAUGAGAAAAAAAAUUUGUAAUGCGGAUUUACCUUAAGACAAAGAUUUGUAAUGCAAGACUUGCAUUAAUAUACAAAUACGAUACUUUUGCACAGGAUACGGGCGAUCUCCUGGGCGUCGUGGUGUGCGGUCAAGCGGUAUGGAUUGCAAAAAUGUCUGGGUCUGGAAAAUUGCAACUUGUCAUGCUGUCUUUGGAUUCCAAGAAAAUCUGUAUUGCGUGACCAGCAACAGGAGUCCGGCUUGUGUUACGCGGAGAAGGCAUUUCUCAUGCAGAAAAGGCAUCAGGAAGCCCUCUAAAAAUUUGUGCUGCUAGAUCAUGCAUUACAUGCGUCAUGGAUCAUACAAAAUAUGCAUCACAAAUCCCGGAAUCUUCCAGACCCAGACAUUUUUGCAUUUGAUAAGCGGCUCGAAUUUCCAGCAGUCUGGUGGUGGCUCUGAUAAACGUGGACAAGAAGAGAGCGGGCCUCGGCGGGAAUGUAGUCAGCGGAAGAGCAACCGUUCGUCGCGAUCGAUGUCUUCUUCUCGCAGCUCCAGAGCAGGUAUUUAGCGUCAAGAAAAGGUUCUUGUAUCAUAAUCAACAUAGUUGUCGUAGUUAUAUCAGUCUCUUACAUAGCAUGACAGACCCACACGUGAUUCAUCUUUACCUGAUUUUGCAUGACAAGCACCACUUCCCUAUUUUGAGGUUUGAAAAAAAUUGCGAUGCAAGUUCUACGUCAUGCUACACGAUUCAUCCGCAAUACAUAAAACAGGUUCCUACAACGGCGCGGAGCCUGACGACGACAACCCCAGGCCCCCGCAGUCCCGCCCUCGAAGAAAUUUACGGCAGAAGUUUUGGAAAAACAAGAGCAGGAAACAGGGACGACGAGAGGAGGGAAGGCGAUCUGGCGGUAGCUGCAACGAGCCAGUACUAGUUGAACAGCAAGAAGACCUCCUCCCCCCCAGAAGGACGAACAAGCGAAGAAGGAAACGUCGAGAUACUUAUCGGGAAAGCGACAAUGAUGUUAGAAUCGUGUCUCCUGUUGAAGAACAUCAAGCAGGAGAUGAAAAGAAUGACGCGGAAAACAACGAGGAUAAAGCCGACGAACAGGGCCCCGGAACAACUGCCGGGGACGAGAGAAGAAGUCCAACGCACAAUGAUAGGAACGGGUCGUCCGCGCAGGUAUCAAACGUGCCCCGAUCUUCUACUUUGAGGUCUUCUCGUCGCUGCUCUGGAACAACUCUUGAAAAUACUAGUCGCGGCGCGGGCAGAAAUGGUCAUUUGCCUCCUGAACAACAACAAACCCGCAGCCCCUCCGCAGCGGUGGAAGACAGAGAUGAACUACAACCCGAUCUUGUCCUGCCGCUCGCAGAUGAAAGGACCACUGUAGGGGUCGUUUCUCCACCUGUUCGAGAUGAGACGAACGCGGAAAAUAGAUCGAAACCAGCUGAAGAUGACAAGGAAGAAGAUCUUCAGGAGGCAAGUGCAGCUAUUAGUAUUACCUCUCAGGAGCACGGGCAUGCAAAUGGAACGGCAACGGCCCAGAGACAAGCCGAAAUCAUCACGCCACUGUCGAGGAGAGUCUUACUUCCGGCUGGUGCAACUACUGGUGCAAUACAUACCGGCGCUAGUAGUACCAUGACACCAUCACCAACAUCUGCGGUCGUGGGUCCUCUUUUAGGCACCACGACCCAGAGCAGAACCUCGCCCACAAACGUUUUCGGACUGGUGCCGAGUCUGAACUAUCCUGUGCAAAAGUAUCGUACUCGUAUUGCAGUCAUGCAUUACAAAUCUUUUUCUCAAGGUAAAUCCGCAAUACAAAUUUUAUUUCUCAUGCUGGGAAAAUUUGUAAUGCAUUUAUACGAAUACGAUACUUUUGCAAUGCAUAUGAACAUAGACACGACGAUUUCUACGAGAGAGUUGUUCAGUGCGGCUCCUUAUCAAAUGUAAAAGUGUCUGGGUCUGGAAGAUUGGAACUUGUGAUGGUAACUUUGGACUCUAGAAAAAUCUGUAUUGCAUUACCAGCAAGAGGAGUCUAGUUUGUGCUACGCGGGGAGGGCGUUUGCCAUGCGGAGUAGGCAUCAGGAAGCCCUCUCAAAAUCUGUGAUGCGCGGCCGUGCAUUACAGACAUCCUGGGUCAUGCAAAACAUGCAUGACAAAUCUCAGAAUCUUCCAGACCCAGACAUUUUUACAUUUGAUACUCCUCCCCCGGGCGUGAAUAGUGCUGGACCAUUUUCGGUUAGAACUUCUCAACCAGACGCGAUCACGUCCUCCACAACUGAGGCCAAAACCGGGGCAAGAAGUUGUGCUGACGUCGCGACAGCUAGUGCUGCAGGAGGUCCUGCAGCGUCUUCUGCUGCGAAGGUAGAUGAUGAUGCCACAAAUGUACUAGUUGACUCGAAUAGUACAGCAUCACGACAGACAGCUUCCGCUCCCUCUACCGCGAUGAACGAGGCAAGCGCAAAUACAGCGACGAGCUCGAACACCACUGAAACAGCCCCGAAUGACGAAGGUGGGCACGACACUACUGUUCCCCAUCCUGCACGACCACCCACUACAGAUGAAGCAGCAGCCGUCGUGGCCCCCGCACCUUCUUCCAGCACAUCCACGGCAACAGCGAACAACAAUAUUGCCACAAAUCCUGUUGUUGUUGACACCAGGACCACCGCCUCCGCCUCCGGGCCCCAAGUUCAAGCCCCCCAGCCUCCCUCGCAAAAGCUCGCCACCUAUUUCGACAGCCCGAAUUACGCCCCGGGGUCUGCCCUGGACCGGUCUCCCGCCCGGUCGCCGUCGAAUAGGACUUCUUGUUCGCGGAACGUAAGUAGAAGGCCGGCCAAUAAUCUCGGUACAACUUCUGUUACUGCAGCAGCAGCUGCGUCUACUGCUACUUCCAGGACGUCGACAUCAACCGGCGCUGGCACUGCCGCCGCGGCUCCUGCUCCCGUGAGCUGCAACAUCUUUGCUCCCUUGAGCAAGACCACUUUCCCGAACACCAGUAUCUUCGGCCCCCCAGGAAGUACUAGCCUUUCCUCGUUGACGGGAAGUUGUAACACGGGUGUUGUUACUCGUGGUCCUGUUACGUCGAGCAAUAUCCUGAGCAAAAACCUACCCACACCAGAGUUGUCAUGCAGAUUUGCAAUGACAGGAACAUUUGUAAUGCGCAUCGCCAGGAGAGGCAUUUUUAGUCGUGUUUUGGAAUUUGUAAUGCUGUAAACAGGAUGAGCAGAUCGAUUUCUGAUGCAGCUGGCCUUGCGAACCUGCACUACACUACGGACUGCAAUUUGUGAUGCGUGACCCCCAAAAGUUCUAGGCUUCUGUUGCAAAGUCCCCAUCUUGACUCUGGUGUGGGUACGUUUUUACUCAGGAUAAGCAACAGUGGUGCUUUACCCUCAUCUGUGUACCCCCGGCCGAUGAUCUCUACUACAACUGCGGCGCCUACUACACGACCGGCGGGUAGUACAACGACACGGGGAGCUCCUACGGCCGCAACAGCUCUCCCGGCGGGGAGUUCUAUGGCGCAGCCGCCGCGACCGGCGAAUCCGAAUGCUAGUAACGUCGUGCUGGCGAACAACGCGAACGCCCCUGCAGUAGUUCUCUCAUCCCCUGGGGUUGUUGGAGGCCCUUCAACAGGAAACAGCAGAAACGCUGCAGCAGGAGCAGCUUCAUCUUCCUCCUCUACUUGUACUUCUGUUGCUGGUCAACUACAAACAGCAGGAACUACAAAUAACUGCAGUAAAAAUGGAAACAACAGCACCUCCUCAGAAACACAAAGAUCAAGACCGCAAGAACCGCGACAGAAUUCGUCCUCAGCUAGUGCUGGUCCUCUGAGUCAGGCAGCAAUCUUGCAUGCGAAAUACGGAACAAACUUACCGGAAAUUCCCCCGUUCAGGGGAGGUCGCAAUAGAGGUAACUGUAACGGGCCGCCCAAUUGUUCCAUCAUGACAAGCACGACCACCCGAGUGCAGCCCGCUGGCUCUUCAUCGACGGCGUCGUCUUCGGGCAUCAAUUCAAAUUCUUUCAACGACAUGAUCAACGACCAACGAAACAAUUACGCCCAAGCACCAGCCUAUCCACGUUUUCCCAAUCUCCGGGUAGAGCCGCGGGUGUUGGCGCGAGAUAGAAGAUUAGAGGAGCAGAUGGCACAGGUGCAGAAAGCGCAAGAACGGUUUGCGAAGGAAAGUACGGCGAGUAGUAGCAGUAGUAGCUCUUCUUCCUCUACCAACGCGUCGGGCCCGAAUGAACAAGACAACCAUCGAAGUUCCAACAACAGCGGCGGUGGGGCUGCGAGUAGGGCUAGCGGUGAAGCCGCGCAAAAUUUAAAUCGAAACUGA